AUGACAACCAGCGGAGCCGCAAGGUACCACUCAAUGCUUCAAAAAAUAGGUCCAAAAAUUGUCAUCAUUGAGGAGGCGGCCGAAGUAAUGGAGGCGCACAUCAUCACUUCUCUAUCACGUGAUACAAAUCAUGUUAUACUUAUCGGAGACCACAAGCAGCUACGCCCGAAAGCAACAGUCUAUGAACUGGCCCAGAAAUACAACCUGGAAAUUUCCUUAUUCGAAAGAAUGGUAAUGAACAGUAUGGAUUGCAAACAGCUGUCUAUACAGCACCGCAUGCGCCCUGAGAUUGCUGCACUGACUAAACGGUUCUACGAUCAUGAGAUAUUGGAUCACGAAACAGUGUGCAAGUUCGAGAAUAUAGUUGGCAUAACAAAAAAUAUGUUCUUUGUUGAUCACUGUCAACUGGAGAGCCUAAAUGGGAAUCUGCAGAGUUUCUCUAAUCCCCACGAAGCCACCUUCUUGAAAUCCCUAUGUAUGUAUCUUCUACAGCAAGGCUACAGACGGCACCAAAUUACAAUUCUAACCAUGUACAUCGGCCAGCUACUUCUUCUUCAAGAAAAAAUGCCACGAAAUCAAUUUGAAGGAAUCAAAAUAUGUACAGUAGACAACUUUCAAGGAGAAGAAAAUGAUAUCAUUCUUCUGUCAUUGGUGAGAAGCAAUUUAGAAGGUCGAAUUGGUUUUCUUAGUGAGUCCAAUAGAAUUUGUGUUGCAUUGUCACGAGCACGCAAGGGAUUUUACUGCAUUGGAAACCUGAACAUGCUAAGACGCCAGUGUCAAGUGUGGCAGGGGAUAUGCAAUGAUUUAGACGCAACGAAAGCAAUUGGCGAUACCUUUGAACUUACCUGCCAGAGACACGAGAAUAUGACAUCUGUACGAAAUCCAGGCGAUUUCCCAAAGUUUGGAGGAUGCAGUAGGAUGUGUGGGGAGCGACUUGAUUGUGGCCAUGCUUGUGACAGGCCUUGCCAUCCAUCGGACUUGUAUCAUGUUGAGCAAUGUCGAAAAGUGUGUUUCAAAAGUUGCCCCAACGAACACCAGUGUGGAAAAGUCUGUCAUUAUCCAAGAAGCUGUCCUGAUUGUUCUCACGGUAUGUGGAAGACAGUACCUAAGUGUGGGCACGAACAAUCCAUACCAUGCAGUGUUGAUCCUGCAGCGUUUUCCUGUUUAGUGAAAUGCGAAAAGAUGCUACCAUGUGGACACAAGUGCAGAAAAAAGUGUGGAGAGGUGUGCACCGCAAAAUGCAAAGAAAAAUGUCUCAAAAGUCUCCCAUGUGGGCACAAUAAAGAGAUAGCAUGUCACCGUGAUCCGACUACCGUUGAAUGUAACAACGACUGCAAGAAGGUUCUGGAAUGUGGCCACCCUUGCAAGAAAAGAUGUAAAGAUGAAUGUCAGUGUAACGAAGAAAUAAUGGUUCAACUACCGUGUAAGCAUAUGAAACGAGUUUUGUGCCACAAGAAACACGAUUCAUUCGAGUGCCAUGAGAGAUGCAGAAGAACUUUGGACUGCGGUCAUGAGUGUCCUGGGAACUGUUUUGAGGAUUGUAGAGUGGAUCUAUGCAAAGCAACUGUGAUCAAAGAACUUCCUUGUGGGCACCGACAAAGUGAGCCUUGCAAUGUUGACCCCAAAAGUGCUUUUUGUUAUAAUCCUUGCCAGAGACCAUUGGACUGCGGUCACAAAUGCCCAUCAGUAUGCGGCCGUCAAUGCAAAGAAGUCAAAUGUGAGGAGUUGUGCCAAACCAAGUGCGCAAGAGGUCACGCAUGCCAAAAGCUGUGCCACUAUGGUCGUGCGUGUGAUGCCUGCAUGGUGGUACACAAUAUGCCACUUCCCACAUGUGGACACACAGUCGAGAAGCUCUGUUACAUAGAUCCAAAAUCGAUCAACUGUGAUAAACCGUGCCAAAGAUCAAGAGCAUGUGGACACCCUUGCUCAAGUAUUUGUAGCAAAAAAUGUGAAGCUCAGCCAUGCACAUUGCCAAUGAGCAAAACGUUACCGUGCGGUCACGAGGUGGUUUUACCUUGUCACAAAAACCCCUUAAAGUAUAAAUGCACUAAAGGAAUUGAAGUUAACUUGCCUUGUGGUCACAAAAUGCACUACGAGUGUCAUGUUGCGCAGGGAGCAGAAAAAAAACCAUUGUGCAACGAGAAAGUAGAGAAAGAGUUGCCUUGUAGCCACAAACUCAUUCUUCCCUGUCACAAAAAACCUGAUGAUUGUAAGUGCAAGAAGAAAGUAGAUGUUGAACUAUCAUGUGGACAUACAAAGUCUCUCGUUUGCUUCUCUUUGAAAAAGGAUUUGCAAAAUGCUACUUGUACGGCUAAAACGACGCGAAUACUACCGUGCGGACACGAAACAAUUCUCCGAUGUUAUAUUAAUCCAGAGGAACAGUCCUGUCAAGAGGAGGUUCAACUGACCCUUUCUUGUGGCCACGAGAAGCAUACAACAUGCUCGGAAAUUAAAAAUGAAUUGACAAAGGAGAAUGUAACGAAAUGGUUACUAUGAAAUUGCCUUGUGGCCAUGAAAAGCAGAUGACGUGCUCUGAACGACAAAAAGGAAACAUCUGUGAUGCACCUAGUGAUCGCUUUCUUCUAUGUGAAGAGGAGGUUCAACUUGUCCUUUCCUGUGGACACAGGAAGCUCACGUCAUGCUCUAAAAUGAAAAAUGAAUUAGCAAAGGAUGAAUGUAACGAAAAGCUUACUAUGAAAUUGCCUUGUGGUCAUGAAAAGAAAGUGGAGUGCUCUCAAGGACGAAAAGGAAACAUUUUCUGUAAUGCUCCUUGUGACCGCUUUCUUCCGUGUGAACACCGUUGUCAGAAAAAAUGCGGUGAGAAUUGUGCUUCUUUCAAAUGUGCUGUGGAAGUUCAGAAGGAUUUAGCCUGUGGAUUCCAUAAAGUCAGUUGCCCCUGCUCUGAGAAUGUGUCCCAGGUUGUUUGUAAAAAGAGGUGCCAGCGAAGGUUAUCCUGUGGUCACGUAUGUCAGGGUAAAUGUGCAGAAGAAUGUAGUCAGUACAAAUGCAACAAAAAAGUGUUGAAACCGCUCAACUGCGCAGGAGGCCACUCUCUCCAAAUGAAGUGCAGUGACAAUCCCGAAGAUGUUAAAUGCAAGGAAAAAUGCAAUAGAAAACUUGGUUGUGGUCACCGAUGUCCGGGCCUUUGUAGCGAGAAGUGUGAAAAUAUGAGAUGCACAAACAGAAUAGAAGAUAAAUUUCCUUGUGGCCACAAAAUGGAAAAUGUUCGAUGUUUUCAACGGAAAACCGCCACUUGCACCGCUCCUUGUCAGCGACAGAAGAGUUCGUGCAAACAUCGCUGUAAAGGAGUUUGUGGAAAAGAUUGCUCUAAUUAUCCUUGUGAGGAGGUUGUUAACAAAUUCCUGUCGUGUGGCCAUAACAUCGAGAUGCGUUGCAAGCACCCGAUCGAUAAAGUGCAAUGCCCGGCUGAAUGUAAAGCAAAGUUGCCAUGUGGUCACUAUUGUACCGGAAAAUGUUACGAGUGUCAGGAGAGAGGUUCACAUGAAUUUUGCCAACAUCAAUGCGGUCGAUUACUGAUCUGUUUACACCGUUGCAACGCCGCAUGUGGCGAACCUUGCCCUCCCUGUAACAAGAAAUGUGCCAAGAGUUGUCCUCACGGAAAAUGUAAAAGACGUUGUUCACAGCUAUGUGAUUCUUGCACUGAACCGUGCAAAUGGAGGUGUCCACAUUAUAAGUGCAAGAAUCUUUGUGGGGAGGAGUGCGACCGCCCUCCAUGUAAUGCUCCGUGUCCCAAGAAGCUCCCCUGUCAACAUCCAUGUAUUGGCUUGUGUGGAGAAAACUGUCCAACGCUGUGUGCCAUUUGCAAUGCCAAAAAGCUUUCCUCCACAAUAGCUGCUAAAGGUUCUGCUAAAAAAGAAGCCAUGAGGUGUCUUCAACUUCUUGACUGUGGUCACAUCAUAAGUGUUGAAGAGAUGGACGCAUGGAUGGUGCGUAAAUUGGGUGACCAUGUACAACUUCUACAAUGCCCCAGGUGCUCAACGUCAAUAACAUUCAGCUAUCGUUACGGAAAUAUUGUCAAAAGGAUGCUGAAAAACGUUGAAAACGUGAAAACACAAAUAGAACAACUUGAAGUAGAGGUUAGCGACGCUGUCAUUCGUUUAGCAAAGGACAUCGGUGCAAUUCAGAAGUAUGAUGUGAAACACAGACAAAGUUUUGGACAGGCAAACCUUGACUUUGUACGAUCCAUCCAAUGGAAGUGGAAUCCUUUCAAUCUGCCGCGUGGAAAUCGCAGUAGUGUUUUCAAAUUUACGUUUAAAAAUCAUUUAAUGAUCCUUCAACAGGUUACGAACACAGAAGACGUCCUGGCAAACAUUAAGGCACAUCGUGAGGUCAGCGAACCAUGGAAACCAGCAAUCAAAGAUGCCAUGAAUAACAUUAAAGAGGAUCUUGAAAACCCAGAGCUUGAUUUGGAAAGUUUAAGCCAGAUUCACGAGCAGGCCAAAAAGUUCUUCCUAUUCUCUCAAGUUUUAAAGGUCCAGGACAUUGCUUUAAUGCAUCGGAUUUCCUUAUCGGGCAAUGGUGUAGAUCGAAAGAUGUCAGCACACAUUCGGUUUAAGAAAUUUCUCAAAGGAAAUGAUGACAUCCUAGAUAUUGACUGGCUGGAAACAAUCGUCAAUUUGCUUAGAAAAGAGGUGAAACUUGAGCCACUGCCGAAAGAAGCGCAAGACUUCGCAAAUUUUCCUGGUUACCGAACAGAUGUCUGGAAAUUAUGCGAGAAAGGUCACGCAUUCUGCAUCAGGCGCAUUGUGCGAAGAGGAAAAAGCAUCCUAGUCGGUAGCGACGGCUGCACGUUGUGUACGGUUAAAGAAAGCGACUAA